CACAGCACCGAGAUCACACGCUCGCAUUGCCGGGGCUCGCGCUCUGCCCUCCCAGCCCGCAUCUUCCCGCGGCAGGAGUCACAACUGACUGCAUCACUCGGCAUGAGCUCGCGCAGCCGGGAGACAGCCGGAGCCCGACGCUGAGCACACCGGCCUGGGGUAGGACCCCUUGCUGCAGACAAUGACCUGGUUGCUGGAAGUCAUCUCACUGCACAACGUCACACGAUUUAGACCUACAUCGCUCAGAGGGAAUCUUUACUAUAUUCAGCCUACCCCCUUGGAGUCAAAACCAGCAUCUCUUCAUACUUGAGCUGUGAGAGAAGAUCCCUUUAGCCACAUGUGAUCUCAUGUCGUUGGGGGGUUAUUAAUCAGUCCGCAGACAGACUUUACAUCCCACCACUGGCAACCAAGGAAUCCUAGGUUAUCAUGCCUAACUUUAGCGCGUUGACUGUUGCCAUUUCUGCGACAAGCUUCGUUGUGUCUCAGCUUCUAUUCCACGUUGGAAGUGCCUGGUUCUCAACGCUGUUAACAUGUGGCUUCAGUAAACUUAAUGCGAAGCAGAAGAUUGAAUGGAAUUCCAGGACAGUGUCCACAUUCCAUGCAUUGGUGGUUGGAUGUUUCUGCUUGUAUAUUUUAGUAUAUGAUGAUGCUGUGAAUGCUGACCCUGUAUGGGGUGAUCCCUCCAUGGUCAAGUUGAAUGUUGCAAUAACCUCAGGAUACCUCAUCUCAGACUUGUUACUUAUUAUUUGUUACUGGAAUGCGAUUGGGGAUAAAUAUUUUGUCACACACCAUGUAGCAGCUCUGUAUGCUUACUACUAUGUACUGGGUGAAGGAAUGUUACCCUAUUUUGGUAAUUUCCGUCUUCUUGCUGAAUUUUCCACUCCAUUUGUUAAUCAAAGGUGGUUCUUUGAAGUGCUGGGAUACCCCAAACACACUCUGCCUAACAUGGUCAAUGGAGUCCUGAUGACAAUCGUUUUCUUCAUAGUGAGAAUAGCUGUUAUACCUACCUACUACGGUCGUGUCUUUUCAACAUUUGGCACAGAGGCAUUCGCCAGGCUGGGACUCGGGGCACAGUGCGCCUGGAUUAUCUCAAGUGUUUCGCUGGACAUUAUGAAUGUCAUGUGGAUGAUCAAAAUUACAAAGGGGUGCUACAAAGUCCUUUAUCACAGUGACGGGAUACUCGCCAAAACACAAAAAAAUGGAAAAGCGGAGUAGAAGGAACUUCGAUCUAUGUCUUCCAACCAGCGGCUGUUAAGGACCCUCCCUGCAUGACUUUCUUUUACAUGCAGAAAAUCCAAUUUAACUAUUUAAAUAGCAUAGUGGUAGGGGGUGUGUAAAAAUCCUGUGGCACGAAUAGGAUGACAACUACUAUAAGAUCAACUAUUACCGUUUUUUAGUAUCUGCGCCCGCUCAUCAAACCAUAUACCCUUCUAUGAACACGCUGUAUUAGAUAGAAGAAACAUUUUUCUUCUCUGUGAAUGAAACUUCUGUGUCAUUGAUUAGUCUGCUUAGCGGUAAGCUGGUCACAGUACCUUGUUGAACAUAGCUUUGAUAUUUCAGUCAACUUACACUAAAAAAAAAAGAUUUAAAUCCAACUUGGAGGAAGGCUGUUUUUGUCAGAAACUUUAAGAAGCAAAUUUGCUUCCUAAUGCACUUGGCAAUGCUUGAAUGCUUUAUUUUGAGAAUUGUGAAGCACCUGGGGUCUUCUGAUUCCACGGGUCAACUCAAAUGUCCCAUUGGGAUAGCUACAAUUUGUCCCAUGCAAAGAAACUGUUGAAAUUUCCAUCUCUGCUCUCGUAUUUGUUGUGAAACACUAAUAAUGCCGGAGUACUCUUGCGUAUCAGCAACGGUACUACGUUUUAAAGGAUUCUACAUUAGAACACUCUGACACCUAAGGAAAAUCUGGUCUAAAAGAUGACUUUCACCAGUUACAAACAGAAUAUUUUUAUUCUUUAUUGCCUCUACAAACAUCCUGUAUGCGGAUUGAAGAAUUUUGGUUGUACAUACUCUGUAUGAAUAAUUUGACGCAAGUACAUCCUUGAGAAUAUGUGGUGGUGGGGGGAGGGGGAAUGAAGAACACAUACUUUCAAGGAACAAAUGAAAUACCUGUGUGAUUACAGCAGGUAGCUCAAAUAUUCUUCACUCAGGAUUUUUUGAUAGUGCUUAUUUUAUAAAUGUAUGUAUGCUUCAGGAAUCUGUAUUGUUUAAAAUGUUUUGCUGAUGAUGAAAAAAGAAACCCUCAAAAAACUGAUCCUGGCAUGCCUAGUCAUUGCAUUACACUGAUAAACUAAAUAAUUAAUAUGGUUUUGAAUAUUUAAUGAUUUUUACCUCGAAUUCUGUAACACAGGAGGCUGUAAAAGCUUUUUCCAUCACCUCAAAGUUUUUUUUUUUGUUUGUUCAAGCAUGACUGAUGUACUUUGGGAACUUUUUUUUUUAUUUUGUUUUAAUUUGUUGUGUUUUUUUUUCCAUUACAGAAUCAUAAAGUAUUUAUCAUCAUUGAAGGUUUAAUUAAAUCAUUGUUCUACUAUGCGAUAACAGUAACACUUAAUAUACGCCUAACAUUUUUUUGGUGCCUCAAUGCACAAUGAAAUAUUGUUGAUUUUGUCAUAAUAAUAAAAUGGCAAUAACGAAAAUUACUAUUUUCCUAGUUUAAUAUUGUAUGCGAACGGUUGCUCGACUGCAACAGAAUAUAAGAUUUUGAAGGAUUAAGUGUUAUUUUUGUGAACAUGUGUUUGCUCCUCAACAAGUCUACAGCUGUAAGUGCGUUGUACCCAUUUUAUGUUUACUAUGUGAUUUUGAAUAAGAAAUGCAAUAAAAUUUUCUUACAAU